CACAGAGCACUGCUAUCUAUAAAAGGAGGACGCGGUGGAUAAACGCUCGUCAGUAAUACCGUGCACGCAAUAUCUGGAAAACGAAGCAGUUGAGGAUGAAUCCACAUUUAAUUAUCUUGCUGAGCCUGGCGGCAGUAAUAUCGGCGGCGAACGAGCCGAUAGCCAUCGUCAGGCAGGAGCAGGACAACGGCAACCCGGACGGUAGCUACUUCACGAGAUGGGAGAGCGCCAACGGAAUUACCUUCGAGGAGCAGGGCGUUCAGAAGAAUGCCGGCCAGAAAGACAAAGAGGCCGAGGAGGUGCGUGGCUCGGCGUCGUGGACCGCGCCCGACGGGCAGAAAAUUAAUCUCGGCUGGCUGGCAGACGAGAAUGGCGCCAUUUUCCAAGGGGCGCAUCUGCCGACCCCGCCGCCACUGCCGGAAAUUCCGCCCGUCAUCCAGCGCGCCCUCGACUGGAUAGCCGCCCACCCCUACAAGGAGGAGAGAAACAAAGUGUAGCCGAUGCACCCCUCGCAUACGAACACGCCGAAAGAUCAUGCUUCACUCGCGUACGUCUAGCUUGACAUCAAAUGUAAAAAGACGAGUUUGUAUAAAAAGAUUUGGUAUGCCGAAGGAAGAUGCGAUUUAAUUCCCGACUCCUCGCUCGACCACUCUCGCCGUUUCGUGAAAUUAUAAAUUAUCCAACGUUUCAAGUGUAUCCAACGUGCGAGCAAUUAGGGUAAUUGUGAUAUUGUAUUGUGAUUGGGGUAAAUGCGAUAUUGAAAGAUUUGAUUAGAGAGAUAGAUCCAGUUAUAAAAUCAUUAAAGCGAAUAACAGUUUGUUUAAUAUAUGAGAUUAUUAAGAAAUAAACGCUAUUAAUUAUAUUAUUGGAAAAUCUCGCGUAUUUUCAUGUUUACUUCAGUAUCGCAAUUAUCCCGGUUAGUUAUAAUAUACAUUUAAACGAUUCAAUCAGAGUCUGAUUAAACGCGGACAACACAUGUGCGGAAAAAUUUGUUAUUUUAAAAGGAGGAUAUUUUAUACUUUAAUAAAAACCUCAGAAUAUUCAUUGCUUGACAAUGUAUAAAUCUGCAAGUCCACGAUUAUAAAUUUGCCGUUAACUGCGAAUCCGCGCGAAAAUAACAAUUACGAAGAAGUUCUAGACUUGCACUCGGACAAUUAAAGGGGCGAAAGGACUUUUUAGCGCCAUUGCCUCUCGGCGAUGGAAGCACUUUCUUAAUAGUUAAACAAUUGAAGCAAAUAUUUGUCCUUUUGCUGCCUACAACCGCUUUCUUCGCCUACUUCAUUAGAGAAUUUGCAAGAGUAUUCCGAGAGAGGCUACUUGACGUAAGAUUAGCUGGCAAACUCAGUUAAGUAGAAUGUGGACACACGACUAUGCGGUAAUAGAAAAAUCGGGGUCAAAAAUGGUCACUGCGACGAAGGAGGAAGACAGAUAUUUACGUAAGCGAGUGAUAGCGAGAGUUUUUGCUGCCGCACUGUCGAUUAUAUCGUCUUCUCGAAAGUGGAGAUAACAUAACAAGAUAAUGGAAGUAGCAGAGAUAAUUACGUCAACAGUGAAAUGCGCUUUAUGAGUCGAAUUAAGCAAAUUGAAUUAAAAUAAUUGAAUUAAGAUUUUGAAAAAUAUUAAAAAUACCUGUGUGUUUUGUAUAAGAUAAUUUAAUUAAUAAAAUCUGAUAGACUUCUUUGCUAAUUGAUCCUACAGAAUCGAACCUUGUAAUAAAUAUAAUGAAACACCGUUUAUAAUUGUCGAAGUUGUAAAUUAAAUAAAAAAUGUUGUAAAUAAAAGUCUAUUGCGCUUUUGCUCGCACAAAAGUAAUUUUGAAAUAAAAGAAAUUAUAGCAACGUUAUCUAAGCGUGGUUUAUAAAACAAUUUCCUAUUGCAACAUCUGAUUAAUCGAAAAAUUUCGACGAAAAUACGAUCGAUUAAAGUAAUACGAGAUAAGAGUUUACACGAGAUAUAAAUGGUUUAUAAAGUUAUAUUAUACAUAUAUGCGUAUUGUAUUGCGUUUUGUUAUUGAUAUGAAUUAAACGGACAAAUAGGC